GGCGCCGCUUGCCCUCUUUAGCGGGAACCGGGACGCCGCGGGCUAAGCCGGCGGGGGCCGGGCCGGGAGCGAAGAUGGAGGCCCCUCUGCGGCCUGGCGCGGACAUCCUGAGGCGCAAUCCGCAGCAAGACUACGAGCUCGUCCAGAGGGUUGGCAGUGGCACCUACGGGGACGUCUAUAAGGCUAGAAAUAUACACACAGGAGAGUUGGCAGCAGUAAAAAUUAUCAAGUUGGAGCCUGGAGAUGAUUUUUCUCUGAUUCAACAAGAAAUAUUUAUGGUUAAAGAAUGUAAACACUGCAACAUCGUUGCCUAUUUUGGGAGCUAUCUCAGUCGAGAAAAACUAUGGAUUUGUAUGGAAUACUGUGGUGGCGGAUCUCUUCAAGAUAUUUACCAUGUUACUGGACCAUUAUCAGAAUUACAAAUAGCCUAUGUGUGCAGAGAAACUUUACAGGGCCUUGCUUAUUUGCAUACCAAAGGCAAAAUGCAUAGAGAUAUCAAAGGUGCAAAUAUUUUAUUGACAGACCAUGGUGAUGUAAAAUUAGCUGAUUUUGGUGUGGCUGCAAAAAUAACAGCUACCAUUGCAAAGAGAAAAUCGUUCAUUGGCACUCCUUAUUGGAUGGCCCCAGAAGUUGCAGCAGUGGAGAAGAAUGGCGGCUACAACCAGCUCUGCGAUAUCUGGGCAGUGGGAAUAACAGCAAUUGAACUUGGAGAGCUUCAGCCACCGAUGUUUGACCUUCACCCAAUGAGGGCUCUCUUCUUAAUGUCAAAAAGUAAUUUUCAGCCUCCAAAACUAAAGGACAAAACAAAAUGGUCAUCAGUAUUCCAUAAUUUUGUCAAAAUAGCACUAACUAAAAACCCAAAGAAAAGACCAACUGCCGAAAGACUUCUGACUCAUACUUUUGUUGGACAGCCAGGUCUCUCAAGGGCCCUAGCAGUUGAACUGUUGGACAAAGUAAAUAACCCGGACAACCAUACACAUUACACUGAAGGAGAUGAUGAUGAUUUUGAGCCUCAUGCCGUCAUUCGUCAUACCAUCAGAUCUGCAAACAGGAAUGCCAGAGCUGAGCGGACAGCUUCAGAAAUAAACUUUGACAAAUUACAGUUUGAACCUCCUCUAAGAAAAGAAACAGAAGCCCGGGAUGAAAUGGGAAUGUCAUCAGACCCAAAUUUUUUAUUACGGUGGAAUCCUUUUGUUGAUGGUGCAAAUACUGGCAAAUCAACUGCAAAACGUGCAAUACCACCUCCCCUACCUCCUAAGCCAAGGAUAAAUAGUUACUCUGAAGACAGCUUCCCAGAUGAAGAAAAAUCAUCAACAGUGAAACGUUGCCCUGAUCCAGAUCACAGAGCUCCCCAACUUCUGAGAAGACAGAGUAGCCCAAAUUGUGGUCUUGUAACUGAGACUUCCUCUAUGGGAAAUGGUGAUGGUAUCUCCAAAUUAAUUAGUGAAAAUACAGAAGGAUCAGCACAGGCGCCACAGUUACCACGAAAAAAGGACAAGCGAGACUUCCCUAAACCAGUCAUCAAUGGUCUCCCACCCACCCCAAAAGUCCUGAUGGGAGCAUGUUUUUCAAAAGUUUUUGAUGGCUGCCCCUUGAAAAUUAAUUGUGCGACAUCUUGGAUACAUCCUGAUACAAAAGAUCAGUACAUUAUUUUUGGAACUGAAGAUGGCAUUUACACAUUGAAUCUCAACGAACUACAUGAGGCAACUAUGGAACAGUUAUUUCCACGGAAGUGUACUUGGCUAUAUGUUAUCAAUAAUACUUUAAUGUCAUUAUCAGAAGGAAAAACCUUUCAACUCUACUCUCAUAAUCUUAUUGCUUUGUUUGAACAAGCCAAAAAACCAGGAUUAGCUGCCCAUAUUCAAACUCACAGGUUUCCAGACCGCAUACUGCCAAGAAAGUUUGCUUUAACAACAAAGAUUCCUGAUACAAAAGGGUGCCACAAAUGUUGCAUAGUCAGAAACCCUUACACGGGACAUAAAUACCUCUGUGGAGCUUUGCAGUCUGGAAUUGUUUUACUUCAAUGGUAUGAGCCAAUGCAGAAAUUCAUGUUGAUAAAGCACUUUGAUUUUCCUUUGCCGACUCCUUUGAACGUUUUUGAAAUGCUGGUGAUACCAGAACAAGAAUACCCCAUGGUUUGUGUAGCUAUUAGUAAAGGCACUGAAGCAAAUCAAGUAGUUCAAUUUGAGACAAUCAAUUUGAAUUCUGCAUCUUCAUGGUUUACAGAAAUUGGUGCAGGCAGCCAACAGUUAGAUUCCAUUCACGUAACACAGUUGGAGCGUGAUACCGUUUUAGUGUGUUUAGACAAAUAUGUAAAAAUUGUAAAUCUACAAGGAAAACUAAAAUCAAGCAAGAAACUGGCCUCUGAGCUAAGUUUUGAUUUUCGCAUUGAAUCUGUAGUAUGCCUUCAAGACAGUGUGCUGGCUUUCUGGAAACACGGAAUGCAGGGUAAAAGCUUCAAGUCAGAUGAGGUUACCCAGGAGAUUUCUGAUGAAACAAGAGUUUUCCGCUUAUUAGGAUCAGACAGGGUUGUCGUUUUGGAAAGUAGGCCAACAGAAAAUCCUACUGCACACAGCAAUCUCUACAUUUUGGCUGGACAUGAAAAUAGUUACUGAGCAACAGAAACUGAUCUCAAAUGACAAGAAAAUGAAUAUAAACCUAAUGAAAGCAAAAAUACUUUAAGGAAACUCAAUACAGACUGCACUAUGAGUUGCUAUAACUCUUACGGGUUAUCUCUCAAGUGAUCUGUACGUUAGGAUAGGUUCCACUAUUUGCUGUAGCUGGAAACAGCUAGUCUAUCUCUUGCCACUGUGUGGUGGUUAUAUCAAGUUUGCUUAAUAAAAGCUAUGAGACGAAUAGUCCUCUAGUUCCAAGAAACAGUCUUUUUUAAAAAAUAAUGUUUGUACCAAGGAUGCCAUGAUAUUUUUAGGUAAUUCAUGAGAUAAAUUCAAUGACCAUUUUAUCAUUUUUAUAUCUUGUCGUAUUCCUUCUUAACAUAAUUUGAUAAAGGAAUUUUCAAACAAGCUUUCUCUUUUACAUUGGCCAUUCUGUGUGUUUUUGUAAAAUAGAAUAUUUAAUCCUUAUUUAUUAAUCUCUUGCUGGAGUGGUGUAAUGUAUCUAACUUUUAGUAAAGGAAAGUUGCAGAGCAGCUUACAUUUUUUUAUAAUGUGUAAAAUUUUUGUUUACCUUUUCAGAGUAGUGCUUUAGGAAUUAAAGGCUGUGUGUCCAGAGGGAUUCACACAUCCAGUUUCAUUUAACAGAAGUACUUUAUAAUACAAUUUCAUGCAGAAUUGCCUUAAAAGGGAGUUUUAUGCUAAGGGGUCAUACAGAGAAUAUUGAUGAUGGUUGAAAAAUACCUUUAGACGUGGUGUCUGUGUCUUAAGUGUGACUACCGUGUGUAUGUAUUCUUGACAAACAGUAUAAUUACCUGUGAUUUUUUUUUACAUUAGGGAUAAUACAUAAGAAAUUAAUCUUCAUAUAUAAUAUUAUCCCUAAUGUAGGGAAGAAAAGUAUUUAACUGCCCAUGUUAUAUAUUUUACUUAUACUAUUCAGAGGGGAAACUGUAAGCAGUUACACAUGUAAUCUUAGGGUUUUCACAUAUGUAGGUAUUCAUUCUGAGUAUAAGAAAAUUUUUAAUGAAAGUGAAUUCUGGUGGAAAUAAUAUAAAAUGCGUAUUGUAAAAACCAGUAUUCUAAAAAUAAGAACGGACAGGGCCAUUUUUCGUGUGUGUUUUUCUUUUGCUAUUAUUAGAUCAAAAUUAAAGUAUUAUGUUGGUACUUGUCUUAAUGCAUUUAUUAAUAACAGCAUUGAGAUGAUAAACAAUGGAUUAGCAGAGCAAAAAAGAGGUUUCUUCUGACCAGUUGCUGAAAAUAGUUUAACUGUCUCAUUCAGUCUUCAGCAGUUCUGUAAAGUAACUGUUAUCAUCUCCAGUGUUCAGAUGAGGAAACAAGGGUUCAGCCAGAGUGAGCCACAUAGCUAAUCCCACAGCAGGUGAGGGUUUGACCCAGACCAUGAGUCUUCUGACUCUGUUCCUUUCACCGUGAAAUAUGCAAGCAAUAAAAUGUUCCACAAAUGAAACAUAAA